AUGCCUCGAGGUCAGAAGAGUAAGCUCCGUGCUCGCGAGAAACGCCGCCAGGCCUGUACUGAGAUCCAGGGUCUGGAGGAUGCUCAGGCUACCGCUGCAGCAGCAGGAGAGUCUCCCUCCUCGUUCUGUCCUCCCUUCGAGGACAGACCUCAGAAUGUACCUGCUGCUGGGACACCUAGCAUUCCUCAGGCGGCUCAGGGAACCUCCAGUGCUACUGCAGCUGUGUCGUGCACCGAUUCAGGUGAAGGUGCCAAUGGCCAAAAGGAGGAAAGCUCAAAAUCCUCCAAGGGCACCGAAGGCUCACAAAGAGAUCCUUUAAACAAGCAGGUGGUUUUGCUGGUGCAGUUUCUGCUGCAGAAGUAUCAAAAAAAAGAGCCAAUUACGAAGGCAGACAUGCUGAAGUUUGUUAUCAAAAGGUCCAAGUGUCAUUUCAAGGAGAUCCUCAAGAGAGCCUCUGAGCACAUGGAGCUAGCCUUUGGUGUUGAUUUGAAGGAAGUGGAUCCCACCAGGCACUGCUAUGCCCUUGUCAGCAAACUAGAUCUCACCUUCGAUAGCACGAUAGAUGAAGAAGAAAUCAUGCUCAAAACCGGCCUCCUGAUGAUUGUGCUGGGUGUGGUCUUCAUGAAGGGCAACUGUGCCCCAGAAGAAGCGGUCUGGGAAGUGCUGAAUAUAAUGGGUGUAUAUGCUGAGAGGAAGCACUUCAUCUAUGGGGAGCCCAAGAAGGUCAUCACCGAAGAUUUGGUGCAGCUCAAGUACCUGCAGUACCGCCAGGUGCCUGACAGCGAUCCUCCCCGCUAUGAGUUCCUGUGGGGCCCGAGGGCCCAUGCUGAAACCAGCAAGAUGAGAGUGCUGGAAUUUUUAGCCAAGGUUCAUGAUACGGUCCCCAGUGCCUUCCCAUCCUGCUAUGAAGAGGCUGUGAGAGAUGAGGAAGAGAGAGCCCGAGCACGAGCAGCAGCCAGGGCUGCCAUUGCCAGCGUGCGCUCCGGGGCCAUGGCCAGCAACUUCCCCGAGGCUAAGUGA